AUGUUUCUUCAAAUAUUGUUUUUCACGAUAUCUUCUGCUUUAUUUAAAGAGAAGAUCACUCCAUAUGAAGUGACUCUCCCAGUCAAUUUAUUAGGAGGUGAAUAUACUUUCCGAACAUACACUCAGGGUACAUUUUCUGUUCGUUUAUUUCCAUCGUCUGAUGCCAAUAACAACAUUUAUAUUGGGUAUACUGAUACCAACGGUCUUGGUACAGUCAUAAAAGUGAAAGCCAAAACCAACACUAUUUUGCGAACAGACAAAUUCACAGGAUAUAGUGUCAGAGGUCUUACCGUGAAAGAUGAUGGCUCAUAUGGUGUCUUUCUUUGGAAUACUGAGGCUGGUUCUAUUUACUUCAGUAAAGUUGAUUCAUCCGGACAAAUACUUUUCACCAAAAAUCUUGAUUUAAGAAACCUGUAUUACCCUUCAUCGGUUCCUGCUAGAGGUGACAAAGGGUACGGAAUUGGAGACAGUCGCUUAAAUUACGGGAAUGGAUUAUUCCAUGCAUAUACGCACACCCACAGUGAUGAGGGACACGAAGGUGAUGCUUUGUUCACAAUAUCAGAUGAUGGGACAGUGAAAACGAUAUGGGGGUGGGGGUGUUCACACAUGACCUCUGGUUUACAAGGGUGGAACUCGCAAACCAAUACGAUGAUUCACAUCUGUGAUUCUGAUGCUUAUCCAGCCUUUGGUAUGUUUGCUGAGGCAGAUAGAUCGAAUACUUUAUAUACACAUAUUGCAAAUAUGGGAGGAUAUAGUGGUGGAGAGUUAGGUGGUGUUGUUGAGAAUGGUGAUGGGUGGUUACUCAUAAUGAAUUCUAUAACACCCGAAGUUGUACAUAAUGGUGUUCCAGUGUAUACACCCAAUGGUGUUCAAGACAUUGGUGUAGUUUCAAUUGGAAAAAACAAAAAGAGGACCAACGUCAAUUUUAUUAAGCAAAAUGCCCAAACCAAGAAUAAUGGAUGUAUUGCCAAAUAUGGAGAAAAAUUCCUUGUUGGAUACACCGAAGAUAAUACCAAAUUUUACUUGGGAACUAUAGACUCGUCAGCUACUAUGAAGGACCAAUUUGAAGAAGUCACUGAUGUGACUGGUUGGGGAGAUAGAGAUGACUCUUUCAGAAGUUUGAACAGUGGAAACAUUUUCUGGGUUAAAGCACCACAAAAUGAUGGAAAUAAACUUAUCAUUUACGAAUUUGAUACAGCUACGGUGGACCCCACACCUGAAGAGAGUGGAGAAAUUAACAAUGGAGCUAAGUUGGGAUAUCUCGCAGUAUUUGUGGGAAUGCUUCUGAUGUUGAUUUAA